GCAGUGCAGAUUAGUCAAUUGCUUAGUUGCCAGCUAAGUGUGGGUGUGUGUUGACAGUUGUCCUGCUCGGGAAGAAUACUGUGAGAAUUCAAAUAAAUUCUAAAGUAAGUCGACUGCAUAUGGCUGAAGAAGAAGUCAUUUCAAGUCAUGUGUCUGAUGAUGAGGGAGAUGAGAAAAUUCAGUACAAGGCCCCACCUGAGAAGUCCUUGUCUGAUAUAGUACAGCAAGAUCAGGAGGACGAGAGCCUCAGAAAAUACAAGGAGACUCUGUUAGGAGCAUCUUCUUCUGCUGGUACUCCUAUUAUUAUUGACCACAGUGACGACCGGCGGGUGCUGGUCAGACAGCUUGCUCUGGUGGUGGAAGGCCGGGAUGACAUCGUACUUGACCUGGCGCAGGGCGACCUCAACAAGCUUAAAGACUCGCCCUUCACCAUCAAAGAAGGCAUCACGUACAGAAUAAGGAUCGACUUCCAGGUGCAGCGAGAGAUUGUUACCGGGCUAAAGUACAUCCAGAGAACGCACAGGAAAGGCAUUCAAGUUGACAAGAUGACGCACAUGGUGGGAUCGUAUGCGCCCAUGGAGGCCAUGCAGAGCUACACAACACCACCAGAAGACGCGCCGUCAGGCAUGCUGUCCAGGGGGCACUACACCGUCAAGUCUCUCUUCACUGAUGAUGACAACCAUGAGCAUCUCAAGUGGGACUGGUCUUUUGAUAUCAAGAAAGACUGGGAUUAAUGCUUCAAAACUGGGCAUAAUACUGGAGAAAUUUUGGGGUCCAAAAUUAAACUAUAAAAUCUGGAUCCUAUACAGAAGAUAGACUAAUACUGACUGAAAUUAUCUUGGGACUAAUACUGAAAUAAAACUUGACACACUAGGCUUAUUUGUUAGAUAGCCAUAUUAACUGAAGUAAUAUUGGGUCUUUUACUGCAGAAAUAAAUUCUAUUAAAAGCAGGCAGAUUGGGACUAAUCGUUUCGAUCUCUGUAAGCACUGACAAGAAGGACUGGGCAUAGUACUUGAUUACGAAGACAAAUAUACUAAUUAAAGACUGGUGGAUUAUAUAUCUUCUUAAGACUUAAAUACUCGAACUCACCGCACAAUGACGUGUUAAAUAAAAGCACUGAACAAAAUUAAUUGAUGUGCCGAUUUCACGUAGAAAAUGAAAUGGUUUUAUCCAAUUUUUUUCAUGCAGGGUCAGGAUCAGUAAAGAGUUACGAAUCACUCCUAAUUAGCUAACCUCAUAUCACGAUGUUCGCUGCCAAUAGGACUUUCUUACGCUAUGUCCCUUGCGUUUAUACUAUUCACCUCAAGCCUUCGAAGUAGUCAAGUUAUUUUUGUUUGAAGUCACUCAUUCAUGUGCUCUUUCUGUCAUCAAGAUUCUAAAUUAUUUUCUUAAUUUUGGAUUUGUAUGGACGAAGAUGAUCACGUCUGUGAUUUUGUUAGCUCCGCAUGUCUUGUGAUGGAAGCGCACCGCAUGUAUUAUCAAGUCACUUGGACAGCGCUCAAUCGACAAGAUCAUUAGUUACUCAGACAUACACCACUACUGAACGUACGCUUGCAUUAGCACAAGCUCACCAAUUUUUUUAGACCAUGAAUAAAACGAUGCCGCGCCAUAUAGAACAAUAAUUACUCUGCGCUCAUGACUCGUCGAUUUCAGCAAUAAUAUUACUUGAGCCAACUUAUAACUCUUGCUUCGGGAGAAUUCCUAGGCGUUUCAGAUACGUUGUUUACUUUCUAAGUUACGCUAUUAAGUGUGCCGCUUCGAGAUUGAUUCAUAAAAUAUUUUUGCUGCUUGAUCGAAGAUUCCUGUCUUCCUUAGCUGAUAAGUGCCCUUAUAGCUUCUCUUGUGUUCCCUUAUAAUUUUAUUCUUAUACUUACGACCUCGCGACGUCAUGUGGCACCUACGGGAUAAUUUAUUGAGAAUUAUUUUCUUCCACGGUACAUCUGUUCAAUAGCUGCAACAUUUUGGUGUUGAUUGUUCAGCCAUCGUGCCUCAUGGGUAGUAAUGCGCCGCAUAGAACACUUGUCAAGGCUUGAGACCUCUCUUGAGCCGGAAAGGAGUUGACCAGAAGUAAGGGAUAAUGCUACGACGGAAGACUACAUCGUCUUUCGGAGUAGUCGUGUAAUAUCAUACACAAUAUGAUCUAUAGCCAUUUCGAUUAGGCACAAGUUAACCUAUUCUUAAAUUCUGUAUUGGCGCGUCUAUUUACUCGUUAUUAUAUCGCUCGAUUAACAUGCUAAAAUAAAUUCUAAGUUCUUGCAGUGAGCCAUAAUUCCCUGCAGUGAUUAUUUUAAUGCUUAUUAGGAUUAAUUUUGAAUACAAUAUUACGAGCAAUUAGUAGAGAUGCCGAAAUUGGAAUGACAGUUUUCAAAUAAAUUCUCAUUAUGUGUGA